UAGAAAGCGGCGGACUGGAGUCAGCUAGAUCAUUGCGUGUUUCUCUGCAUAUGAAUCUCUGGAUGGCUGGUUAACCGCACAGGAAGAAGAAGAAGAAAAACUCUUAAUAGUGCCUCCGGUUAUUCCGACGUGCCGCUGUUUGUCGCGGUAAAGCGGAUAUUUCUCACUUUAACUGGAGUCAGAAAGAAAAGCGGCAAGAUGAAAUACAAAAACCUGAUGGCCAAAGCGUUGUACGACAACGUGCCGGAGUCCCCCGAGGAGCUGGCCUUCCGGAAAGGGGACAUCCUGACCGUCAUUGAGCAGAACACGGGCGGCCUGGAGGGCUGGUGGCUCUGCUCCCUGCACGGCCGCCAGGGCAUCGCCCCCGGGAACCGCUUGAAGCUGCUGAUCGGACCCAUGUUCGAGGCUCAGUCGUCGGGCGCCGCUGCCGCCCCUUCUCCAUCUCAGAGCUAUCAGCAGAAGGCUAACUCGGGGUCUCAGGGCCUCUACCAGGUGCCCCCGUCCCUCCAGAGCCCACAGCAGCAGAGUCAGCAGAGCAUCUACCAGGUCCCACCGGGACAGGACGUCUACCAGGUCCCACCGAGGAGUACUCUAGCAACUGAUAACACACCAAGCAAGGUGGUGACCCCAACCAGAGUGGGACAGACCUACACUUACAGCCCAGGACAGCAUAACCAGCAGGACCUCUAUGACGUCCCACCCAUCAGAUCACAAGGGGUGUACGAUAUUCCACCUGGUCAGAUGUUCCCUGGUCAGAAAGGCGGAGCCAGAAACCAAGGAGUCUAUGAUGUUCCCCCAUCACCAAUGGACCCCAGGUCACAAGGCAUCUAUGACAUCCCUCCAACCUCUCAAGGGGUCUACUCAGUGCCUCCCUGCAGGACCAACUCUGCCCAGCAGGAGGGGAACUACGACUUCCCGCAGCCCCUCAAGAGCAAACAGGAAGGCAUCUACGACGUACCCCCGCCUGUCCUCGCCAAGCCCGCCCAGAGCUCGCAGUCACAUUACGACUUCCCACCGAACGUGGAGCCUCCGGCUCAUCAGCCGCACCCAAACACCAACGGCAAUGAAGGCAUUUACGAUGUGCCACCGCCUGCCUUUCAUUCAGGGGCGGGGUCUCGCAACGACGUGUACGACAUCCCGCGGGUCAUGCAGACCUCCCAGCACAGAAGCUCGCCCGCCGACAGAGACGGAAGCAAAGGCAUCUACGACAUCCCCGCUCAAGAUGUUCGCGCAGUAGCGGACGUGACGGACGGCGUGAACCGCCUGUCGUUCUCCAGCACGGGCAGCACGCGCAGUAGCAUGUCCACCUCCUCGUCCUCCACUGGCUCCAGCUCCGAGGGCCGCCUCGCUCUGGAUGUGGACACAGCCAUCCAGAAGCUGUACCGCCUUCAGCAAGCAGUGGACAGCUCAGUCGGGAAUUUGCAUUCAAUGGCAGCUUCCCCUCACUGGAGGACUUUUCCUUUCAUGGAACGCCACGCCAACGACGUCCGCACAGUUCUGGACAGAGUCCGGGCCGCUCUGGGAGACUUCAUUGUGUUUGGCAGAGGUGCCGCGGUGAACGCUACGUCUCUGUCAGACAACAGUCUGCACAGUAAGCUUCGAAGGCAGCUGGGACGCCUGGAGGACUCACAGCAGAUCCUUCUGCAGAUCUACCAAGCUCUGGAAAACUGCAGCUGGGCGCUUAACACCCUGGCCUCGUCUGGAAGGCACCACAACAAGACCGACGACCUGGACCGCUUCGUCAUGGUCUCCAGGACUGUUCCCGACGACGCCAAACAGCUGGCCUCCACGAUAGGCAGCAGCGCCGAGCUGCUGUUCAGGCGGACGCAUGUGGACGGAUCUUUCUCUGUGGGCAGCACGCCUGACGAGAACGUGAUCCACCCGCUCACCUCCCCCUCGUCGGACAACGACAACUACGGGGGCCAGACCAAACCUUUCCCCGUGCCCUCGACCCCAGACAAGGACAACAUGAACAAUAGCGAGAAGUGCGUGAAAAGCUGGAUGGAGGACUACGAUUAUGUACAUUUGCAGGGCAAAGAAGACUUUGAACGGCAGCAGAAGGAGCUGUUGGAGAAAGAAAACAUAAUCAAGCAGAGUCAAGUUCAGCUGGGUCAGGAACAGAUCAAUCAGUUCAAGAAGCUGGAGCAGGAAGUGAGCAAACCCGUGGAGAACGACAUCACGCAGUGGAUUUCACACCAGCACUCGGCGCCGCCCUCAGACUCCUCGUCCUCCUCCACCUCCCUCUCCCCGUCCGCCCACCUGUGCGCUCGGGACCGCCAGCUGCUCAGCUUCUACUCGGAGCAGUGCGAGCAGCACUUCGUCACGCUCCUCAGCGCCGUGGACGCCUUCUUCGGCUGCGUCAGCGCCGGCCAGCCCCCCCGCAUCUUCGUGGCACACAGCAAGUUCGUGAUCCUCAGCGCCCACAAACUGGUCUUCAUCGGGGACACGCUGUCCCGGCAGGCCUCGGUGCCUGAGGUGGCCAACAGGGUGAUGAACUCGAGCAACGUGCUGUGCGACCUGUUAAAGACGGUGGUGUGCGCGACUAAAACGGCCGCCCUGAACUACCCGAACACAGCCGCCAUCCAGGAGAUGGUGGACAGAGUCACCGACCUGUCGCACCACGCUCAGCAGUUUAAAGAACAGUUGCUGCAGAUGGCUAAUUUGUGAUUUUCACCCUCAUGGCUCCUGCACAUCACUCCGUUUGUACAUCUGCCAUAAAAAUAUAUAUAUUUGCAGUAUAUGUAUGUCGCUCUCCAUCUUUAAGCCCGUUUAAGAUGUUGUAAAUAGUCAGUGUUCUGUAAAUAUUUGCUCUAUUUUUAUGUACAUUGUUCUAUAUUAUGAUAUGGACACAUAUAUAGAUGCAGUACUGGUGCCUCUGUAGGAACAUGUGGACAUUUUUCAUAACAUUCCCAUUGCAUAUUAUGAAGCACCUUAUGAGAUGUCCUGUUAUUUCAUUUAUAACUGUAGAGUGUCGUUUCUGUGUCUUCCUGCUGGAUGUGACAGUUAAAAGUUCCUUGUAAAUCAAGUCAGUGUCCGUGUGUCCGUGUGUGUGUGUGGAGCUUUCCACAAAGUAAAGGACUGUU